AUAUGAUUUUACAAAGAGUUUUAAUACUUUACAAGCACAACAGGGUGGAUUCUUUUUCUUUUCCUUAAAAACCAAUGUUGAUAUAUAACUAUAUUUAUUUGACCUUAGAAGAGAAAUGAUACACUGACAUUUUGAAAUGUCAUUGGAAAGUGCCAAAAUUAAGUCACUGGUGACUAUAACUUUUCAAGGACUUACGUUAGUGUUAACGUGAUGACAUUUGCUAAUAUAUAAAUCAACAAAGAGAGUAGUUUUACCUGACAGUUUAGGUCUUUGACCCAGAGGAGACUUAUUUUAAAGUUCUAUGCUACUUAAAAAUGGUUAUAAAAAUCAAUUAUAAGUGUGUUGACACUGUUGCAGCUGAUGACUGCAGAUGCACUUUUUACCCCUUGAACAGUAUAAAAUGAAAUUGUUUAAAAAAAUGGGAAAGCAAAAGUAGAAGUCGAAUAAUAGAUGUGGUAGGGAGAAGGCGGAUUCAAGAACUAGAGAAAUGAUCACUUGUGUUAUGCCUCUCAUGAAAUGAAAUGUAAUUAAUUUGUAUUUGAGUUAUGAGCUUCAGUUUGUAUUAAAUAUAUUUGUUUACCUAUUGUUUUAGAAUUCCCCCCAAAAAUCUACAUUUUUACUUACAUUUCAUUAAAACACCCAAAGAAUGACUUGUUUACCUACAUUUUUUGUUUGUUUGUUUUUUGGUAUUGGUUAAUUAUUUCUCAAUUCCCAGGAUUCCUUCACCCAAACUGAGGUGGUAUAGGAUAAAUGAUAUAUGUUUGGAGGGACAAAAGUCAUUGAGGGGAAGAGUGACACCAGUAUUACAACUGCUUCUGGCUGAACAGGACCUGCAGAGAAACGUCUCCUGAAUUUGUCUUACAAUGGAACUUAAAAAGUCACCUGACGGUGGAUGGGGCUGGGUGAUUGUGUUUGUCUCCUUCUUUACUCAGUUUUUGUGUUACGGAUCCCCGCUAGCUGUUGGAGUCCUGUACAUAGAAUGGCUGGAUGCCUUUGGUGAAGGGAAAGGAAAAACAGCCUGGGUUGGAUCCCUGGCAAGUGGAGUUGGCUUGCUUGCAAGUCCUGUCUGCAGUCUCUGUGUCUCAUCUUUUGGAGCAAGACCCGUCACAAUCUUCAGUGGCUUCAUGGUGGCUGGAGGCCUGAUGUUGAGCAGUUUUGCUCCCAAUAUCUACUUUCUGUUUUUUUCCUAUGGCAUUGUUGUAGGUCUUGGAUGUGGUUUAUUAUACACUGCAACAGUGACCAUUACGUGCCAGUAUUUUGAUGAUCGCCGAGGCCUAGCGCUUGGCCUGAUUUCAACAGGUUCAAGCGUUGGCCUUUUCAUAUAUGCUGCUCUGCAGAGGAUGCUGGUUGAGUUCUAUGGACUGGAUGGAUGCUUGCUGAUUGUGGGUGCUUUAGCUUUAAAUAUAUUAGCCUGUGGCAGUCUGAUGAGACCCCUCCAAUCUUCUGAUUGUCCUUUGCCUAAAAAAAUAGCUCCAGAAGAUCUACCAGAUAAAUACUGCAUUUACAAUGAAAAAGGAAAGAAUCUGGAAGAAAACAUAAACAUUCUUGACAAGAGCUACAGUAGUGAGGAGAAAUGCAGGAGCAUGUUAGCCAAUGGUGACUGGAAACAAGAGAGCCUACUUCUUAAAAACCCCACAGUGACACACACAAAAGAGCCUGAAACGUACAAAAAGAAAGUUGCAGAACAGACAUAUUUUUGCAAACAGCUUGCCAAAAGGAAGUGGCAGUUAUAUAAAAACUACUGUGGAGAAACUGUGGCUCUUUUUAAAAACAAAGUAUUUUCAGCCCUUUUCAUUGCUAUCUUACUCUUUGACAUCGGAGGGUUUCCACCUUCAUUACUUAUGGAAGAUGUAGCAAGAAGUUCAAAUGUGAAAGAAGAAGAGUUUAUUAUGCCACUUAUUUCCAUUAUAGGCAUUAUGACAGCAGUUGGUAAACUGCUUUUAGGGAUACUGGCUGACUUCAAGUGGAUUAAUACCUUGUAUCUUUAUGUUGCUACCUUAAUCAUCAUGGGCCUGGCCUUGUGUGCAAUUCCAUUUGCCAAAAGCUAUGUCACACUGGCGUUGCUUUCUGCGAUUCUAGGGUUUUUUACUGGUAAUUGGUCCAUCUUUCCAUAUGUGACCACAAAGACUGUGGGAAUUGAAAAAUUAGCCCAUGCCUAUGGGAUAUUAAUGUUUUUUGCUGGACUUGGAAAUAGCCUUGGACCACCCAUCGUUGGUUGGUUUUAUGACUGGACCCAGACCUAUGACAUUGCAUUUUAUUUUAGUGGCUUCUGCGUCCUGCUGGGAGGUUUUAUUCUGCUGCUGGCAGCCUUGCCUUCUUGGAAUACAUGCAACAAGCAACUCCCCAAGCCAGCUCCAACAACUUUCUUGUACAAAGUUGCCUCUAAUGUUUAGAGGAAUAUUGGAAGACACUAUUUUUGCUAUUUUAUGCCAUAUAGCAAUGAUAUUUUAACAGAUUCUCAAGCAAAUUUUCUAGAGUCAAGAUUAUUUUCUUAUAGCAAAAUUUCACAAUGGAUGACUCCGAGUGAAUUAUUAUUGUUUUUUACAUAUCCUUUUUUUUUAUGUAGUGUAUGCGUAGCCUCUAUCUCAUGUAUUUUUUUUCUCUUUCUCCUCCCCGCACCAUCAAUGGGACUAUUCUAUUUUACUGUUAUUCACUAGUUCUUAACAUUGUAAAAAGUUUGACCAGCCUCACAAGGCUUUCUCCGUGUAAAGAAGUAUAAUUUCUCUGCCGACUCCAUUUAUUCCACUGCAAGGCACCUAGAGAGACCACUCCUAUUUUAAAAGUGAUGCAAGCAGCAUGAUAAGAUAUGUGUGAAGCCCGCUAGGAAAUAAAUCAUUCUCUUCUCUAUGUUUGACUUGCUAGUAAACAGAAGACUUCAAGCCAGCCAGGAAAUUAAAGUGGUUACUAAAACAGCCUUAAGAAUUGCAGUGGAACAAAUUGGUCAUUUUUUUAAAAAAAAGUUAUUUUAACCUACAGUCACCAGUUUUCAUUAUUCUGUUUUAUUUACCUCACUGAAGUACUCGCAUGUUGUUUGGUACCCACUGAGCAUACACUGUUUCCGUCCCUGAGGUGUUUGCUGAGAUGUGGGUGAACUCCAAAUGGAGGAGUAGUCACUGUAGACUUUCUUCAUGGUUGGCCACUCCAGCCUUGCUCACUUUUGUUUCUUGACCAUCCACUCAGCUGAUGUUUCCCAGGAAGUGCUAAUUUUACCUGUUUCCAGAUUGGAAACACAUUUCUCAAUCAUUCCGUUCUGGCAAAUGGGAACCAUCCAUUUGCUUUGGGCACAGUGGGGAUGGGUUGCAAGUUCUUGCGUAUCCUCCUGGUGAAGCAUUUAUUUGCUACUAUCGGAUUUUACCACUAUCAAGGGCAGAACUAAAAGUGAGUGUGUGUGUGUGUGUGUGUGUGUGUGUGCGCGCAUGUGCUAUGCAUGCUUUAAGUCUCUGUGGGAUAUGGGAAUGGAAAAGGGCAAUAAGAAAUUCAUACUCUUAUUCAACUGCAUUUAACCUUAAGAAAAAUGUCCUUGGGAUAAACUCCAAUGUUUAAUACAUUGAUUUUUUUUUCCUAAAGAAAUGGGUUUUAAACUUUGGUGUGCAUCAGAAUCCUCUACAGAUCUUUUUGAAAAUAUAGGUGCCUGGGUAUCAUGUGUGGAGCUUUUAAUUCUGCUGGUGUAGGCUGUUGCCCAAGCAUCUAUCAUUUUAUUGAGCUCUUCGAGUGAUUCUGAUAACACAGCCUGGAUUGAGAAUUUUUAUGAGAUUGGCAAUGGAAAAACAUUUAUUCUUUUAAAUAAUAAUUUUCUAAAAACCCAAGAGGUCAGGGGGUUUUUAUAAACAAAUAGCCAAGUGUUCUUUAAAUAGGAGGCACCCUUCCCAUUGUGCCAAAAUCAUCUUUUCAUUUCUUUUGAAAUAUGUAUGGUUAUUUUAUACUUGUAUGUUGCCUUUCUUUGAAGGCGCCUGAAGCACUUUAUAAGCAUGAAUCCUCACAGCACCUCUGUGAGGUAGGUAAAUAGUACUUUUCUAUGUAGUAAACCUGGAGUAUGGAGAAUUUCCUAACAGUUCAUUCUACUUAAUAAUGCAAUAAUGGAGCUCCAAGAUGUCUUGGACUUCUACACCACACUCAGACUUCUGGAAAGUUUUCCGUACCUCAUUCUUUAGUCCCUGUCAAGGUUAGUAAAUAAAACAAGUGACAUAAAAAAACAAAAAACAAAACAAAACAGAACUACCUGUUGUGUUGAAAGUUCCUUUUUGUCAAUGUUAUGUUCAGGAAACUCAAUAACCUGAAAAAGUUUGACUUUGAUGUGACAUCUUCAUAUUCAUCAAUGCUGAUAAUUGUCCAAAGGCAUCUUCACUAUGUCUACUAAAUAACAUCCAAUGUGUGCGUUAUCUAUUGUCUAGGGGAUGAAUUUUAAGUUACAAUAAAAUAUUUUUGUUUUGCAUCA